UUGAAAAUUAAUUUGCUUAGCACUGUUCAUAAUGCAUAGUUACUUGUUCUUAAUACUACAAGAUAGUCAUGUUUGAAGUCUGUAUUGCGAAGCUGUACAGUGUCAAUCAUAAAUCUUCCGAGACAGUCAAACUCUGCAUUCAAGAGGUUGGCCCUGGGUGAUUUUAUUAAGAAUUUUGCUACUACGUGUGCAGGGCGAGUCAAAAAAUUUUCUUUCAUAUUCAAAUUUGCUGCGAACUCGCAAGUCACGGCUCAUUUGAUUUCACAAUCCCCUUUUGUCCAACACGAGACACCUAGCUACAUUAUUUUGCAAGGUUAGCAUGCAUUUUAAAUGACAAGAUUUAUAUUUUUCUUCUCUUUAAACCCUCAAAUGUAAUGUCCUGCCAGAGUCUUCGCAUCAGGUUUGCAUAUAGCUAAUAAUGCCGGGAACGGCAUUGAAAAUUGCGUAAAUUUCGCAUGGCUGAAGACAUCUCGUUUACAGCCAUCAGUUUAUUCAACUUGUCGGCAAAGCUGUGUCCGACUGAUUGCUAGUACAAUUUACAAAAUAAAAGAGGAGGAGUUCUCGGUUCCGGGUAGAAAGAAUACAAGAAUUUACACACGAUACAAGCAGGCUGGUUUAAUCGGUUUUGAAUUUCUUUAGGGCCACAAUUGGGGGCUACAAUUCAAAGUUGCUUGUUCAAAGUUCGCCUCGCGAAUGGUUUCUUCAGGCGAUGAAGCUACUCGAAUCAGUGCCUAGGCACCAUUAUGAAGUCGACCGGGAAAUAUUUCGAAGAUAGUGUCAGGAUUACUCUCGUUGAUAUCGUAUUUCAAUAUUCUCCUGAUUAUUUCCAAAGAUAUCGUCACAGGAGUAUAGUACAGAGAGGGGGAACAUUAAAAAAUGCUCCUAACUGAAAAUUGGUAAUUUAAAGAAUGGGACAAAGAGUUCGCAAUUAGACAGAGAAGACUGGCUAUUUUUGGACAUCAACAGCGUCAUCUUCUUCGCUCUAUAGAAUUUUUACCACAAAGAUAAUUAUUGUAGCACAUACCGACAAGGAAAUGAGCCGCGAUCACUGUACUGAGUCUGUGUGUUUUGAACCCGCCUUCUCUGGGAGGUGCUUGAGGUUUAAAACGUUUUGUUUCAAUGAGUAGGGACUCAAAUCGUCACCUCGCUUUAGUGAAGUAACUUCGAAGACUACAGUACUGAAGCUCGCGUGGUAACAACCUUCAAACCUGGUGUUUUCCAAACAAAAUGGCCUUCAGCCCGCGGUAUUUCGUGCUAGCAUUCCUUGUGUUUACGCUCCACACGGAGAUAACAUCGUCCACCAGAGAGGAAGAUUUCGAUUCCAUGAGAGACGAAGCAUUUGAAACUGAAGAAAGUUUUGGAGAUAAGGAACUGGAACCUCGCUCUGAUAAAGAAAACCUGGAGCCUGGCUCUAAAGAAGAGGAGCUGGAGCCUGGCUCUAAAGAAGAGGAUCUGGAGCAUCGCUAUGAAAUGGAAGAGGAGCUGGAGCCUCGUUCUAAAGAACAGGACAUCGAACCUCGCUCUGAAGAAGAAGAAGAGCUGGAGCCUCGCUCUGCAGAAGAAGAAGAGCUGGAGCCUCGCUCUGAAGAAGAAGAGCUGGAGCCUCGCUCUGAGGAAGUAGACGAGCUCGAGCCUCGCUCUGAAGAAGAAGAGCAGCAGGAACCUCGCUCUGAAGAAGAAGAGGAGUUAGAGCCUCGCUCUGAAGAAGAGAUGUCUCAACCAAACACUCUCUACAAAAGAGGACAUCGCCGUAGAAGACGAGCGGGCAAUUCUCGCGUGCGAUCCCGUAGAAAAUCACGCAAACGCAUACGCAUACGUCGACCAAGUCGACGUCGACGUCGUCGUCUCUCUGGUAACCCCUGUUCACCCUCACCUUGUCAUAAUAGAGGAUUAUGCCAAAAGAUCAGAUUGCGUCGAAGAAAAUCCUAUACGUUCAUUUGUCGAUGCAGACGAGGAUAUUAUGGGAAAAAAUGUGAAAAUGCUAUUACGCGUUCCCCGUGCAGCAAUCGGCCAUGUUUAAACGGCGGAAUAUGCAAUAGGUGGGGGAGAAGAUGGACUUGCAAGUGCAGACAUGGUUACAGUGGCCCCAGAUGUCAAUAUGGAUCAAGCACGUGUUACGCACGAGGUGACCCACACUAUGUUACAUUUGACAAAAAGAGAUUUAACUUUAUGGGAACAUGUGAAUACGUCUUGACCGAAGAUUGCGCCGGAGGUCCUGCUAAAGAGUUCGUUGUUUUUGUAAAGAAUGUUAGGUGUGGCUUUGGUUUCAUAUCUAGGGUUUCGUGUACGGAGUCUGUAAAGAUACAGCUAGCUGGUGAUAAGAUUGAACUGACCAGAAACGCCAAUUUUGUGUUGAUAAACAGCGUCAAGACCUCCGAUUUCCCUGUGGUGAAGUCAGAUUAUGAAGUAACGAAACCUAGCUCCAGCGAAAUAUACGUGACUUCCAAUAAGGUGGGUCUGAAAUUGACCUGGGAUUGUAGAAAUUCAGUGACAGUGACCCUGAAUAAGCGUCACAAAGGAAAAACAUGUGGACUAUGUGGAAACAACAACGGAAAGCGGACAGACGACAACCCGCUGUCUAAAAUUUCGAAAGGAUGCAAACCGCUCCCCGAACGACCCUGCGUCCCAAACGCCGUCACAAAAUCUCAAUUGACAAAUGUAAAUUGAUGAGGUCCUCGCCUUUCCGAGCAUGCAAUUCGGCCGUCGAUCCGAGUAAUUUGAUUGCUAAUUGUGAAUAUGACGUAUGCAGAUGUGAGAACCCGA